AUGGCGCCUUACGACCGCGCUCCCAUGGAGUGGGUCGGCAAACUAAACGCCACUGGCAGUUACGAUCUUUUUGUCCCCUGCGUGAACUGCAAUACCGGUCUCCCCUUGCCCGUUGCCAAGGACCUGGACGCCUUCAACGCGCAACGAUCCAAGAUUCGCCAGCAGCACAAGCGCAGGUGGAUGGAUGAUGCCUCGGAGGGUGGUGAGGCGAAGAAGGCCAAGGUGGACGGCUCGGUGGACGGCUCGCGCCCCAACAAGGUGGACGGCUUCGAGGGCAGCAAGAUGAACCAGCGUAUGCCGCGUACUACUCCUCGCUUACAACAGACGCGCACGCCCGAGGAGGUGGAAACGCUUCUUGCCAAGGCGAGGGCAGUGGCGAAGAAGUCAUCGGAGAGGGUCUAA